CCGGCCCCGGAGGGCUCCGGCUAAUUAGCAUGUAGCUGAGCCGGGGGCCGCCUUUCCUCCGCUCCGCGGCUCGCCACGCCUCGGCCCCUCUCUAGUCCUGCUACGGUCCAGGAGAACUUUUGAAGCGGGAACGGUCCCUUGUUCCCCCCUGCAGCUAGCUCUCCCCUCUGCUAGGGACCGCACCCCCUCGCUCCAUCCUCUCCCUCCCUCCCUCUCUCCCUCCCUCUCUCUCUCUCUCUCUCUCUCUCUCUCUCUCUCUCUCUCUCUCUCUCUCUCUCUCUCUCUCUCUCUCUCUCUCACACACACACACACACACACACACACACACGCUCACACACGCUCACACACCCGCCCGCCCGCUCGCACACACACAGACACACGCGCGCACACACGCCCCUACCCUAGCCCCAGGCCGGUUCGGCUGGGCAUGUGAGGCUCGGGCGCAGAGAUCAUGGCCACGCCGUGCGCUCGGCUCUGGCCGCGGCUGCCCCCGUUCCUACUGCUGCUGCUUGGGGUCUCCCAGACUCGGGGCUUGCCGCCCUUGCUGGUGCCCAGCGCUUCACCCUGGGGCCAACCGAGCGGAGCUCCCCUCUCAACCGUGGCUCUGGGACCAGAGCGGGAACCUGAGCCCGAGCCAGGGCCCCCUCUCGGGCUUCCGCCGCCUCUGCUGCCUGUGUCCUGGGAGCGGGAGAACAGCACACGGGCUCCGGGGUCCCCCGGCCCCGCCGACCCUCCGCCCAGCCUGGGGGCUGCGACGCAGCGGGGAGCGCUCCACCGAGCCCCUGGGGGGCGGAGCGCUAUCACCGCUGCCGCAAAAAGCCACAAGUCAGAUGAAAGUUCUGAGCCCCCAAGAGGAAAUUUCAUCACCUCUUCUUUCAAUCAUAAAAAUAAAAAUAUUUCAACGGUGGUCCUCAAAGGUCUUGAGAAGUUUCAGACUUUCAGCAACCAAGCCACAAUGGAUGCCUCAGGAAGCACCACUCUGGCACUGAAAAUGUCAACAUCCAGAGAGAGUACUACCUCCUACAGUAAGACGAAAGCUACUUUAUCUCCUGGAUAUUCCUCAGAGUCAUCCUCUGCCUCAUCCUUUCAGAAAAACUCCUCAGCCCCGGAAAGCUUUCAUCAGGUUUCUAACAGUUCAGAGUCAGAAGGGAGGACUGCCACCUUUGCAACCAUUGCAGACUUCCUGACAAGGAGAAAAGAGAGGACAUUCAGGUCUCUCACUAGCGCCACUCCCUCCAUGGAAGCCACCAAAGGAAUCGCCUCAUCCACAGAAACAUCUACUCCUUCCACUUUGAUGCACUCUUCAACUUCUCUACUGGAGACAGGAGGACCAACUAUGCUCUCCCAGGGGAGAGAUCACACAAGACUGCCAUGGCCACAUUUCUCCAGGGCACCCACUUCUCCAUCUCCUUCCAAAAAGACUUCCCCCUCUGAAAUUAGGACAGAGCUAAGGAACUCGAUUAUUUCAAGUACUUUGGCCAGUCAGAUAGACAGGACGUUCACCCAAGAUGUCCCAAGGACUCGUCAGUCUUCAACUAAUAGAACUUGGUUGGUGAAUGGAACAGAAAGUUCUACCAAGUAUUCAGGAACAGCCAGCUCUUCAGUGUCAAUCCAUUCCUCAUCUUCCUCAGGGGAAGCCAUAAGAAAAAGGAUGCAGACAAGGAAUCCAAGUGAUGCAGAAUUCACUGAGCCUUCAACAGAUGGCACAUUAGGACAUGCUUCUUCCAGGACCUUGGCUCUGUCUUUACAACGUGAUUCCUCAACCUUUGAAGGAAGCCAGCAGUUGCCCUUUAGUGAAGCCGAUGCUGGGAAUGGCAAUUCUAGGACUCAAACUGAAGCUGGGCUCAAUUUUGAGACUUUCACGAGAGAUGGGAAGAACACAUCCCAUCAGUCUGUGACCAACAAAAGAGUGGCUGCGACUGAGAAUUCCACUUGGUAUGCUGAAAUCGUGAACCCUUUGGUCCUGACCCAGCUCUCUGAUCAGUGGACAGGAAGUCAUCCAGAGCCCCAUGACACGCAUCUUUCUGAGCCUUCCACAGAAUCUUUGUCAGGGUCUUCCUCAGAGAUGUCGAGUUCUUCAUCACAGAGUCAUCCUUCAUACACUAAAGGCAGCCAUGAGCUGGGGAUAAGUCCAGGUUCCGAAGAAAGCACUUCCAGUUUUCUUCAUCCCAGUCCGGACACCUCAGCUACCUCCUCUAGGAAUGGAGAGAGGACAUUGCGAUCUCUUGCCAACAGCAGCCUGCCUUCUGGGGGAGGAGAGCAUUCCACAAUGUUUCUCCGUGGCACAGAGGGUACCACUCCUCACAUGGGAGUCAUGGACACCACAGGCUUGGUUUCAGCUUCAUCAGAUUCAUUGCAGACUCAAAGAGCCACUGGAAGUAACCAUGGACCAAUAGGCAACACAAAUAUAGGCAAACGGAUAUCUGACUACCAUACAGACAGCACAUAUAUUUCAUCAACCUUCACCAAAAUAAAGGACAGAACAUUAUUGUCCAUUACAAAUAACAGCACAUCUCCAGACAUCACUAAAAGCUCAACCGCCUACAACAGAACCUCCAGCUCCUCAGCUAUAGCACAUUCUUCUUCUUCAUCUUCUGCCCUGACCCAAGGAACCAACAUAUCAUCAAAUGAAGGGGAAUUUGUCUUUCCUUCCACUGAACCACUGGUUGUGAGUUCUUCUGAUUUACCAGCAUACACAUCUACAGUCAGCGUUCCUCCUAACACGUUCGUAUUUCAGACCUCAGAAUCGGUGUCCACCGAUGAAUCUUCUUCAUCUUCAUCGUUGCCACCUUUGCCAUCCCCGUCCGUGUCACAGCUGAGUCAACCAAUUUCUUCAACUCCAUGGCCGACAAUGGCAUCUUCCCCACUCUUGUUUUCCGUGGCUGAAUCCUCCAAGCCCUUGACUUCCUCACUGUCACCUUUAUCAACUUCCUUGGCAGAAUCCACCCCAGAUCCAGUUUUAUUCCUACAGUCAUCUUUACCGCACUUGUCAUCUACCUCAGUCCUCCCCAGUGGUGAUCCCCAGACAAGAGAGUCCUCUGUAACCUCGGCUGAUACCCUGAUAGGUGUAUCCACCACCGUCCUUCACGGUAGCUCAUCCACAGAUCAACAGAAUCCGAGUGUCCCCUACCCGGAGAAGACCAGUGUGGGCUCAGACUUACAACCCCCAAGCCUUCCACCAACAGACUCACCCGAAGUACUAGGUAAUAAGUCUACGUCCGAGGUCCCUUUGGCCCCCGUCCCAACAGAGCCUUUCAGAGAGCCAACCCUCCUGGCCACCAGAACCAAUGCAGCCCAACCAUCACCAGCGAUGACAACCACAACUCAUGCAACCACUCAGCCUUCAACAGUUCCAACUCCAAUGAGUCUUCUCACAACCGUGAAAGCGACAACUGAGAGAACCAUUCUGCCCAUUGGACCCAGGACCAUAAUGCCUCUGAGAACCACUGAAAGUCCUUCCACCACCAGGGCCAGCAGAGUGGAGACAGAGGCCACCACUAAGUCAGUCCCCACCAUUGGGAUAGCCACGUCUGUGCAAGAACGAAGCUCAAGAAUGGGAGGUCAAAAAGAGACCACUCCUGCUAUCCAUUUCCCUGUGGUGUCAUCUCCUUCUCCCCUCACUGCCAAGCCUUCUCCUUCUACACCCUUGAAGUCAACCACUGUGGUACCACCGAGACCAAUGAUGACGUCGCCUCCAACAACAGCCAACAGAUGCGCCCCGAACCCCUGUCUUCACGAUGGGCAGUGCAUGGUGGACUCCACUGGUCGUGGAUAUCGGUGUGUCUGCACUCCUUCGUGGCAAGGCGAUGACUGCAGUGUGGAUGUGAACGAAUGCCUGUUGAACCCCUGCCCACCUCUGGCUAUAUGCAACAACACCCAGGGAUCCUUUGUCUGCAGAUGUCCUGCUGGGCACCAGUUAGAAAAAGGAAUCUGCAACUUGGUUAGAACAUUUGUGACAGAAAUUAAAUUAAGAAAAACUUUUACUAAUGCUACAGUUGAGAAACAUUCUGAAUUGCAUCAAGUCGAAGAAGAGAUCGUCAAAAUGCUAAACGUGUCUCUUUCAAGGCUGCCCGGUUAUGCCAGAUCUACUGUCCAAGCUGUCAGGGAUUCUGGCACAGUGUUUGUCUCGCUGCAGACCACCUUUUCCUUGGCAUCCAAUGUGACAGUGUUUGAUCUGGCAGAGAGAGUACAGAAAUACAUCAGCACCUGCACAUCUCCUCUGGAGAGCUGUCAGUUCUUAAAGUCUCUUGGCCGUAUUUUUAGAGCUGGUAGUUUAUGUAAAAAGAAAAGUCCAGAAUGUGACAAAGAGACCUCCAUCUGCACCGAUUUGGAAGGUGUUGCCCUGUGUCAGUGCAAGUCUGGGUACUUCCAGUUUAACAAGAUGGAUCAUUCCUGUCGAGCAUGUGAAGAUGGAUACAGACUUGAAAAUGAAACCUGCAUGAGUUGCCCAUUUGGUCUUGGCGGUCUCAACUGUGGAAACCCCUAUCAGCUUAUCACGGUGGUGAUCGCAGCUGCUGGAGGUGGCCUCCUUCUCAUCCUAGGAAUUGCACUGAUUGUGACCUGCUGCCGAAAGAAUAAAAACGACAUAAGCAAGCUCAUCUUCAAAAGCGGUGAUUUCCAAAUGUCCCCAUACGCUGAGUACCCCAAGAACCCUCGAUCGCAGGAAUGGGGCCGAGAGGCCAUUGAAAUGCACGAAAACGGAAGUACUAAGAACCUCCUCCAGAUGACUGAUGUCUACUAUUCUCCCACAAACGUCAGGAAUCCAGAACUUGAACGAAAUGGUCUGUAUCCUACCUACACUGGCUUGCCAGGAUCUCGACAUUCUUGCAUCUUUCCUGGACAGUAUAACCCUUCUUUCAUCAGUGAUGAGAGCAGGAGACGGGACUACUUUUAACACCAUGGAUAAUGGGAAACCACUCGGUGUUAUUUACACAUGAAUUCUAUCUACUCAAAGAAUGGAACUAGGAAGACACCCUGCACACUUGCUUCUUCACAGACCAUUCAGAGCUGAAGGCUACAUGGCAGACAAGGGAUGGGACAAAAGAUUCCCGGAUGGCAAAGACUGAAAGGAAUGACUCCAAUGGGAAGCUAAAUCACAAGCUGCUCAUUCUUUACUCUUCAGUGUUCAUAUGUGUUACUGUGAAAUGUGAUAAUGGGUCAGUAAGAACAGAUUUGCUUUGAGUGACAUGUCAUGGAUGCUACCACUAGGAAUGAGUGGAAAUGGUGAGGUGCCAUUUCAAAGACUCAGUUGGUUGAUUUGUUUGUUUUUAAAUUCACUUUACCAAACUCAACUUGUUCCAGAACAGAAUCCUGGCUACUCUGGACAGCUCCACUAGAAGUUGUCAUUGAAUGAUCACUUGCAGCAAAGUAUUGAUUGUUUUGAACUAAUUUAUUUCCAUAAUUACAGUUUUUCUCAGUGCCUGUGCUGAACCAUGAGUGUAUUCUCAAUGUUCUCAGGAGUGUGAAUUCAAUGAGGGCCCCAAAGCACUAGAGAAAUUUUGUUGUAACACUUCAGUCUUCUAAUAUGCUUCUUUUAUUCUGUAUUUUCGAGCCAAAUGGAAAAUGAGCUGAGCCCAGGAUUUACUGUAUCACAGAGGGUGACCCAGGAAGUGAGGUUAUGAAGGGCCACAAAUUGUUAUGUGAAGUAAGUUUUUUUUUUUUUUUAAUCAAGGCAUUGACCCUUUACAAAAAUGAUUCCUUUUAUGGAGCUUAAGAGUUUCUUUCAACAAUUUGAGAUCAAAGCAAUAUCCUGUAGAAAGUAACGGUCAUGGAAUCAGCUUUGAAAUCAAAGUGUUAGUUCAUCUACAGUUGGGACCAGUGGAUAUAAUUUUUGGGGUGACAACAGGGUAGGUCCCUAGAAGAGGAGCACAGAGAGCUCGAAAUAUGCACUAACCAUCUCCUGUCUAUUUCCAGUCUAUGAGAAUGAUGUAAAGCAAAACCAUCCAUUUUAUGUCCAUUGGCUUUGCCCUGGGCUCAGGUAUAUAACAGAGAUCAUCUCUGCUGAGAAAAGCUCUUAUUUAUAGGUUAUAAGGAUAUUUUUUAGGGCAGGGGUGGAAGGUCUGUGGGAGUGGGGUAGAAUUGGAUAUUUCAUUGCUUUGGGGAAAAACCAGAAACAACUGUCUCCUGCAACUGGAUAUUGAUAGCUGCUGGAGAAAUUGGCUGAACAAGCAAGCUAGACUUCACUGAAAUGUCCAGGACAUUGGAAACCAUACAAGCUCUUCAUCAAAGAUUAGAUAGGCCUGACGGGGCCAUCGGUGAGUUCUCCUUACAUGUCUGUGCUGCCUGCAUCAGUAGUCUUGUCCAUAGGGCUCAAUGUUCAACAAUUGGUCACUGAACGCUGUUUCUUCCUUGAAGAUGCAACAUGUAAAUUGUUUUCUCUUGUCCAUCAGUCUGCCCUUAUUUAUAUUACUCUGCAGUUUCCCUGAAGUCAGGCAGUAUUUCAGGGAAUGUUAUCAGAUAGCUAAGGAUUUCUAGGCAACUGAAGGCUUCAAUGUCUGCUCUUUGGAAAAGGUCCUAUGGAUCUAUUUAUUAUGCCCAUGAUCGAGGACCUCCAUUGCUCACUCACCUGAGCAGCACCCAGUGUCUGGAACGAUUCCAAUUCUAUUUCCCAAAUAAUAUCUAAGUGUCCAGAUAAGGUAAAGAAAGAACGAUUUUGGAAAACUGUUGCCAACACUUAGGUGAAGUCUAACGGCAACAUAUUUUUUUCUGGAAAUGGCAUAAGCAUUUUGGAAGCAGUUACUUUUGCUUCACAGAGGAAUGGUUACUUCUGGGUUAUUGUAGCUCUUCAAAAUGCAAUACGAUAGGACAAGCCACUUAAAAUGCUUUCUGUAGAGCAUGACAUUAUUCUAGUAGCACUGCUUGGAUGAAUGCAUGUGCUUUUCCAUUGGUCCCUCGAUUCUCUGUCUCUUUCUGUCUGUCUGUCUGUCUGUCUGUCUGUCUGUCUGUCUGUCUGUCUGUCAGUCUUUACUCUCAUAAAUAUAGCUCUGCCAUUGCAGAGAAUGCUAGUUGGGUGCAAUGCACCUUAGUAGUUAAAACAAAUUGGCCCUCACUUCCCAGGAUGUGAGCAGAAGUCAGGUUCCACUGAUGAAUGCAAUGGUUUUUUUAAAGGCAUUAAAAACUUCCUUCUGAAUCAUGGGUGAGAUCUUCCAUGACUUUGUCAGCCUACAGUAAUGCUUUCCGCCUUGCUGUCUCCCCUCCUGCUGACCAGCUUAGAGUCACUACAUUCUCUGGUCCUUUUAAUUAUGGCGCUUCACUGCAGCCUGAGACCUGUUCUUGCCAUGAUGGGAAUGAGUAAGAGGAGCCAGGUAGGGGAUGCAGAUGUUGGGUAGAGCCUAGACGAUGACAAGCACAACCUGCUGCUUCAGGGCAGUCAGGGGGUUGGAUGGCCUCUGAUGCAUGGGGCAAGUCAUCGCCCCCUGUCUUAGGGGGACCAGCUGCCACAAGAUGGCUUUGCUCCGUCUCAGAGAAGGCUCUGUGAAUCUGUUUUGAGCUGAAGUCUAAAGGAGAGAACAAGGUGAUGACCAGGACUUUUCCUCCACUGAUAGGACUUUAGAGAGGAAGAUGCUUCACGUGAAGAGGAGGGUUUUCAGAAAGUUUGCCUCGCAUGGUAUCUGCACAUACCACCCAGUGAUGGGGGAGACAAGGAGGUCUGGGGAAGUUUACUCCGGAGGUUAAUUGUAUGGAGAGAAGUGUUUUGUGAGCUGUAGAACUCCCUUCUCCAGUCUGAGCAUGGGAGCAUAGCUUUGGAACCAGAAGGGAUCUUAGAAGAGACCAACUAAUCUUCCCCCCUCAUUUUACGGAGGAGGAAACUGAGGUACAAAAGAGAUUAAGUGACAGCCAAGGGCACAAGAAAGGAGGAAAGAACAUCUGCUAAGCUUUCUGCUCACAGAGUUAACAACUCAAAUAUUGAUGAUGUGUCUACUGGAUGCAAACUGGGGGCAGAUUGUGGGGACAGUCUGGUACUCCUGUUUUUUACUGACCCAGAUGAUGCCUGUGUGGAGAGCAAGACUGGGCAACUGCAGUUUAAGUUCUUUCCACUUGAUUGCCCAAACAAGGGCGAGGCCGUAUCAGGAAGAACAGUGAUUCUUAGGAUGUAUGCAGCUACUCUCCUUCCACUGCCCCCCUUGCUCUCCAUGUCACUCCCCUACUCUGGAAUUUAUGACUCAUAUUGGGGAAAAAGGAGGGAGGAAGUUGUGAGCAGUUACAUGGAGAUAAAAUGAGAUUCUAAGCUGGGUCUGUGAUGCAUCGAUAAUGCAAGACCUCGAUUAAAUGGGUGAAACUGAGCAAGAGAUUAAUGAAGCCUUUGUUGGAUUCAGAGGCCUCCCUUCUGCCUCAGAAUGAAGUCCUUCCUUCAUGUCACCUGAUUUCCAUGGACCCUAGUCCUUGGUUACUCAACAGAGACGAGACUAGGACAGCUGAAUAUGCUUCUUGUCAGACUGCCUGCUUUCUUGGUUUCUCUUCCAAAGGGGACAAUUGUGGCAUUCAAGUAAAAGGAAGUUGUUACCAAGAAAUUCAUAGAAGCAAUCUUGAAAUCCUUUGAAUAGUUGCAAUGUGUUAUUGGCAUUCCAUCCAGCAAUAACCAAAUAAUUGUGUUUAGGAAUAAAAAAGUUAAGAAGUAGGCAUGUGGUUCUUGUUUUCCAUAAGGUGUUUUAAAACGGUUUAUUUUUACGACUUGGUUUUGUCAUUUGAUACCAUUAUGAAAACAGGAACCUUAGUGUUGCCUACCUAGCAAGCAUAUUGGCAUGUAGCUUUGUUUGUCAAGAGAUAGUGUGGUGGUGUUUUUUACAGACAGACUUCUGUGACCUAAUGAGGAGGAGAGUCACCUUGGGAGGAUGCAUACUUAUUCCAAGAUGAUAGCCAUCACUCAAAACCCUUUUGGAACUCUUUUCUGGAUUGCUUUCAGAGCUUCCAGCACAUUCUUUUGACUGUUCCCAGUGGGGGCAAAUAUUCAUCCUUCAAAGGUGGGGCAUAACUUUUAAAAACAACCAGAAGUCUUGGGGAGAGUCUAGUGAUAAAAUGGAUGAACAAGGUGGGUAGUACCAACAUUGGGGAAAAAUAUGGGGUGAGUAUCAGGUAACAGAACUAUUUUUGGGGGUGGGACUCGAGCUGCCUCUGAAAAUAGCUCCCAGAUAGGCUCACUGUGAGUUUAAACAAUGGUAAUCAAUACCAUUAGAAUAAAUGUACACUCUUAAGGUGACUACUUUGAAGGGGACGUAACUCAUUUGGGCACAUAGAACUCUGGCUGUGUUAAGAAUAAAAAUCAGCCAUAUCAUUUUAUAGUCACAACUUAUAUUAUGGGUCUUUGGCACUUCCCUUGUGUGACUGUGCCCAUUGGGAAGGUAUACACUGGACUCUGAGACCUUGGCUCAGCUAGACCAAGAGAAUUCAGUGUUACACAGUUUAGGCACUCUUGGCAUAUCUCAGCCCAACAGCCACCCAGCUAAGGCACCAAUGGCUCAUUAUGUGUAAAUUUGCACCUAAAGUUUUUGAUAGGGACAGCUCAAUGAAGUGCUCAGACUGCAAAAUGAAUGCCAGGUUCCAAUGAUUCAAGCAGUAUUUCCUCUUUAUUGAGCUGAAGCUGUAGGCCCUUCUGGGGAGAAGAUCAGUACUCUUCAGACUUCCAGAAAGACAAUGGAUGCUUUCUUGGAGCUUCCCUCUCAGUGUGUCCUGUCUUGUCCCAAAUAUGCAGGACGUUGGACAUCUAAGGACCACCUGAUUCAGCCACUGGUGAAAUAUUUCGCUUCCUAAUUAACUAUUCACAGCAAAAUCUUUUCCUUGGGUGGGAUGUGUAUAUGUGUGUGUGUGUAUGUUGAGGAUGAGGUUGGAGCUCUUUUUUAGAGUGAGGAAGAAUGUGAAUUUCAAUGCCAAAUGCUUUGUUUUUCUCCUGUCCUAUAAAAGAUAUCUCUCUUCCCUUCCCUUACUACAACAGUUUUCAGGAGGAAAAAAGUAUUUCUUUUCUUCUUUCAUCGAAUGAACCAUUCCUCCAGGAGCUCCCUGGGAGCCAGAGAUGAGGGGGGGGUGUAGAAUAUAUGCACAUGUACAUAUACAUAUAUAUAUACAUAUAUAUGAUACACAUGUGGAAAGAGGAAGAUACAUAUUUUACACUGUAAGAUAUGGAAAUGUAUAUGUUCAUCUUUGCUCUCUGAGCCUCCAAAGAAAUAGGAUAAUACAUCUCACGAAAGUCAUAUGGAUUAAUUUGUUUAACUAAAACAACCUUUUUCUCAGUGGGAUCACAAUUCAUCACUCUAGAGAUUCAUGUUUCACCCCAAAGGAUAUUUGUGAGUCAAGGGGUGGAUGACUUGGAUGUAGAGAGGCAACGGUGGUACUGAAUUUAAAAACAGCCUUGAGAUAGGCAACUAGCAGUCACAUCGUUGGCCUCUCCCCUCCAUGGAGCCUUGUCGCUCAUACCUGCACCCCCGCCCCAUCUCCACCUCUCCAAACCCAACCUUGUCUCCUCCAUGAUAGUCUAUGUAGUAGGAAUCUAAUGUGGUGGUCCAGGUUGCUGUGGAUCUUUUGUUUUAUUACCUUUCCAGUUCAAUUAAGCAUACCAUUGGUAGAUGUGCUUUGGGGAACUGAUCCCCACCUUCUUGCCUCCCCCUUUGCAAACCAAUGAACGUGGAGCACCUGGUUUGUUGUUUUAAGAGCCCUCCCUGAGGAUAUUUGUUAUUUAAUGUUGUAUCAUAAUGGCAACUUCCACUAAUAAUUCAGUACUGUAGCAGAAAAGUGUGAUUUGUAAGAAUUGGGUUAUUUUUAUACUUCUAUCCACUAUGUCUGGCGUUCUAGUCAGUAAUAUGAUGCAAUAAAAAAAUUCCUAUCA